AUGGGGAUUCUAUUCUCGCGGCCUGGACGCGAAUCAUCAUCUUUACCAGCCGGUGCCUUUGCGGCCGGCAACAUUUCCUCUCUCAACAGCUCAUCCAUCGUACCAUACCUCGGUGUCAAUACAGGCCUGUACUCGGCCCCUCUUCCGCCAAUACCACUCGAAUGGAUCGUCUCGCCUAGUAAAAUUGAUGGGUCCUGUCCCAACGGUGCUCAGAUUCUCACGUGGUUCGCCAUUACGGAUGCUAUCAUCACCGUUCUGGUGCCUCUCUUCGCGUACCGGCCUUUUGUCCACUGGAUUACGCGCAGUCAGCUUGGUAAACGCAAAAAGAACAGUGUCGCUUUCACAUGGACUAUAACAUUCGCCUGUCAGCUCACGGCCAACGCAAUCGUUGCUGGCCUGAUGGGCAGUACGUACAACACUUUGAGCAUGCUUCACAUCUUCACUGUUUUUAUAUCGCGACCCCGCUUCCAUCCUAUCAUCGUCGGGUUGCUACGCUGCAUCGUUUUCGCCAAGCGUCCCCGCGACUGGGAUAAAUCGACCAUCAUCAAACGUAGCAACGACGACCGUGUCGAAUUUCCCUACACAGACGCCUGGAUCGCGACAAGCAUUUCAGAGUUGCUACUGCUCCUCAUAUCAGCCAUUUUCACUGGCGUCACGUGGAAUCGUCUCCCUUCAGACAGUAAAGCCCGCGAGUACGCCUCCGAUCAUGUGAGCUUCAUGUCCAGUACACCGGGCAUCAUGUUUCUUGGCAUGCUGGCUUUCGUGCCGGUGUAUAAGCGCUACGGUGAGGCAUACCCGAUUGAAGGUCGACGUUAUGAGACUGGUAGGCAUUGGGGUGUGACGAUAAGUAGCGAUGGCAGGACGAGGGUCGGUGUCAAGAAGGGCAAGAACAAGACUACUCUCAAGAGGGUGGCGAACGCAGUAUGUGCGACGUUACUUCUUGGAUAUGUCUAUCUGGUCCAGUGGGCUUAUUGGACAAGGUAUCUUGAGAUGACUGGGGCUCUAUUCUGUCCCACGAAAAUGAUCCAAUCAGGAGCUGUAUGGGCAAUCUUCACCUUGUUCGCAACAAUCGAUCGCAACACUGUCUGGCAGAACAGAGGAAGCAAGGGUAACACGACUUACAAAACCGAAUUUCUAUUCUCCGAACAAGACAUGAAGGGCAAGAAAAUCGUCAUCACCGGUGCAGGUCGUGGUCUUGGUCGCGCACUGGCAAUCGUGGCCGCGGACCGAGGAGCAGUUCCGUUGCUACUAGGCCGAUCUCUACAAGCGCUGGAGCAAGUCCGCGACAUAAUUCAAAGCCGAAGUGGUGUAUCAGCAGCAACCAUUGUCUGCGACCUCUCGAACACUUCAUCUGUCGUCAAUGCAGCGGAACAGAUCGCCUCGUCCCAUCCUGACAUCGACAUACUAGUCAACAACGGUGCACAUUUCACAGACGGUGCCUUUCAAAACCAAACGUAUUCGCAGAUCGUUUCUGUGAUCAAUUCAGCGGUCACAGGCACUAUGAUCCUCACUAAAGACCUGCUGCCACUCCUGAAGCAGAGACCGCAUGCGGAUAUUCAUAACGUUGUUUCCAUGUCUGGUCUCCCACAUGCAAGACUGACAGGCGCCUCGCUGCCCUUUAGAGCGGCCAAGGCAGCCCAGGAUGGCUUUACACAGGGCUUGGUGGAGGAACUGAAUGGCAGCCCUGUCCGGAUUACGUCGGUUUAUCCGGGUCUGAUCGAGGACGUAUCCCCGACGGAUGAGGCGUGGGGUUUGAAGCGUGGCCUGAGCGAGGGAAUCACCAACAAGGAUGUUGUUGACACAAUCCUGUACGCACUUUGCGCUCCCCCGAACGUAUCACUACGCUCUAUUGUUAUUGAGCGUACUCAUUCAGAUUUUUUGGUUUAA